UUUAGGUAGUCAACUGGAUCACUUCCUUCCUGUUUCAUAAGAUAAUAAGUUUUCCUGUCAACCAUAGCUGAUAAUGCCAAUGUUUGUAGCCAUUGUUACGGGUAAAUCUAUGCCGAACCUAAAACUCAACUUAUGAAAAUUGCAAGGUUGCUGAAGUAUUGAACUUUCUAAAUGAUUUAUGCAGAAGUGUUGCAAUAUGUGUUAUUUGACACGGUGGGCCGAAGAAUCAAAUUCUAUAUGAAUAGAGAUUAUCAUUAGCUAUCAGGUGUUUAUCCAAAGGCAGACGUUAAUAAAGGCACCAAAAGAACCUACGGAUAUUGUUGGUCUUACUUCAGUAAUUGCUUGCAAAUAGGGUCAACACUGCUGCUGCCGCUUGGACAGAUGGAGAAUGCAAGGCAUAUGUCCAAGGUUUCAGCUUUGCUGGCAUGUUGGGAAGAGACCCGAUCAUGCAAUGAAGACUGAAGAGAAGAAGCAAAGUAAAUUUUUUGCAAUGGAUGAAACUGAAACUGAAGAUGGGAUACUUCUCCAAAAUCUUGUGAUUUCUGAGGUGCCUGCUGCUGAUAACAGUGAUUGAUUCUCCUGCUACGAGUGAUCGCAUGAAGCGAGUAGUAAACCGGGGUACUCUAGCUCCAAGGAAGCAAAUGUCGUCGAGCCAGCGAAUCUGACCAAAUGCAGCUCUGUUCCAGAUUGUAGCCAUGCUGCAGGGGCAUAUGCAGUGAAAGCACCAAGGGCCUUUUCACCUGUAUCCGGUGAGUAGAUGUGAUGCAUCUGAUGAGAAAGAGAUGUUUUGCAAGCAUCAUUUGACUCUGUGACACACGUGAUUUUCUAUUUACAAGUUGCUAAAGCAAUGGAGGCAUGCCACUUGUAGCACUCUGUACAUUAUAAUAAUGUCGUUGAGUUUUCAAUUUUUUUUUUAAAAUUGAUUGAACUAUUGAAGC